UUGGGAAAUGCAAAAUCAUUCAUAUAUAAAUUGCUAAACCGGUAAAACACUAAACCGGGAUAAAGUAAAAGGUACGUCACUGUAUCUUCCCAUAUUAGCCAACAAACUCACCAGAGAAACAAAACAAAAUCACUUUUAAGAGUUCAGAAUCCCAAACAAUCGAAAAAAACACAAUCUCUCUCUCCCUCUCUCUCUCCUACAAUGAGUGAUCCAAAUCAUAUCCCCGCAUCCACAACCCGACCCGUAGGAGGCACCGAAUACAGCUGGUGCAGAGCCAUCUCAGGCGGCACAGGCAUCGCCGUCAUCUCUCUCUUACUCUCCCGAACCCCAAAACUCGAAAAUCUCCAAAACACCCUCGACAAACUCCAAAAUUACCACCCCACCCUCCGCUCCACCUUCCGUUACGACUCCUCCACCAACUCCUUCUCCCUCGCAACCCCCGCCGACUCCCGCGUCCAAAUCCUCCCCUUCGAUCCAUCCUCAACGGCUCAGAUCAUCCGAGACAGCCACGAUCCCCGCGCCGAGCCGCACAGGAUCAUCUUAGAACACGAGCUUAAUAAAAACACGUGGAUCGAUCCGCACCGUUGGAUCAACGACGAGUGCGGAGUCUUCUUCGUCAGUCUCUACGAUCUUAACGGAGAGGAGAGAGUGCUGUCGUUUCGGUUGAACACGGGAGCGUGCGAUCGGACUUCGGCGGUUACGCUUCUGAGGGAGUUUAUGAGAGAGACGACGGUUGGGGAGAGGGAUGGACACGUGGCGGAGGAGGAGGGGUUGGGUAAGGCGAUUGAGGAGAUGGUUCCGAGUGGGAAAGGGGAUAAACCGUUUUGGGCGCGUGGGAUCGACGUGUUGGGGUAUUCGCUGAACGCGUUUCGGUUUUCGAAUUUGAGUUUUGUUGACGUGGAGGAACCGAACCGGAGAUCGCAGGUUGUGAGGAUGAAACUGGAAAGAGAUCAGACACUUAAACUUGUGGCUGGAUGCAAGGCAAGAGGGAUAAAACUAUGGGCUGCAAUAGCAGCAGCGGCGAUGAUCUCUGCGUACUCUUCUAAGAAGUUAACGCAAGACCAAGGAGAGAAAUACGCAGUGGUGACUCUGUCGGACUGUCGUGCCAUACUUGAACCUCCUCUUACUCCCAAUGACUUUGGUUUCUACCACACAGGGAUACUUCACACACACGACAUAUCAGGAGAUGAAAAGCUCUGGGACUUAGCCAAGAGAUGCUACGACUCCUUCACAUCAGCAAAGAACUCCAACAAGCAUUUCACAGACAUGUCAGAUCUCAAUUUCCUAAUGUGCAAGGCCAUAGAGAACCCUAACCUCACUCCUUCAUCCUCUCUAAGAACCGCUCUCAUCUCCAUAUUCGAAGAUCCAGUGACAGACGAGUAUUCAGAACAAGCAUUGGCCUCUGCUGGGGUUAAGGACUACAUAGGCUGCGCGUCAAUCCACGGUGUUGGACCGUCCAUUGCGGUUUUCGACUCGAUUAGAGAUGGAAAAUUUGACUGUUCGUUUGUGUAUCCGUCGCCGUUGCAUUCGAGAGAGCAGAUGGGUGGUGUGAUUCGACAUAUGAAAGCUAUUCUUUUGGAAGGAUCUGUUUCUUCCUUUUGAUUUGUUUCGAAAACUCUUUGUUAUGUCACGUCCAAAGACAGAGAUAGUCUUCUCUAUUUAAAUAAAUAUUACCCGUUACCACAUUUCAAAAGCAUACCAUUGUUAUCGCUUACGUUUGACCCAUCUUCUUGGUAGUCGCCUCCACAAAUAAUCAUGACUUCUAAUUUGUAAAGACUGUUGUCUAAGUG